AUGUUGAUUUCUGUGAAUGAUGAGACAUGGUGGAGAGAUAAAUGGACGAGGCAGGACCUGGAAUGCGGAGACUGCCGGCCUGGGUCUGCUGCCAUAUAUGGUAGCGCUGUCCUGUACUCCACGACGCUCCCACUGCUCGUCUUUCAUCUUAGAGCAGCAACGUCGACGGUAGCCAUGUCCCUUAACUCAACCUUCGCAGAGCCUCUGGCGGGCUAUCUCGCCCAGGCUCAAAACUACCUGCCUCCGACGCCUCGCCUUUUGGUCAUUGGUCUCUUAUAUACCCCCAUUGCCUUUGUCGUGUUGAACGUUCUAUACCAAUUGCUACCUAGCUCUGGUUCGAAACCCCAAGUGGUGUUCCAUUGGAUACCGUGGUUUGGUUCUGCGGCUGCGUACGGCCAGGAUCCCGUCAGCUUCUUCAAAGAGUGUCGAGAAAAGUAUGGAAAUGUCUUCACGUUCAUUCUCCUGGGCAAACGUGUCACAGUCGCGCUCGGUCCACAAGGAAAUAACUUCGUGCUCGGUGGAAAGCACACAGUCCUUGCCGCUGAAGACGUUUACGGGCCUUUGACCACUCCCGUCUUCGGCAAGGACGUCGUUUAUGACUGCCCCAACGAGUUGCUCAUGGAACAAAAGAAGUUCGUGAAGUAUUCCCUCACAAUGGAGCGCUUCCGUUCGUACGUCGGCAUGGUGGAAGACGAGAUUGUGGAGUACUUCCGUACCGAUCCACAGUUCCGAAUUUACCAGAUGAAUGACAUCAAUGAGUGGGGCGCGUUCAAGCCCAACAAAGUCCUCGCGGAGAUAACCAUUCUGACUGCCUCGAGGACGCUGCAGGGCAAGGAGGUGCGGGACAACAUGGACAAGGGAUUCGCCGAGCUUUUCCACGACCUGGACAACGGCUUCACGCCGCUGCAUUGGAUGUUCCAGAACCUGCCUCUUCCUAGCUAUCGCAAGAGGGAUGCUGCACACGCGAAGAUGAGUACGUUCUAUGAACAGAUUUUGCGCAAUCGCAGAGCUACUGGCGAGGAUCCCGAUGAUGUGAUGUCUUCCCUAGCCAAGCAGCAUUAUCGUAGCGGUCGUGCACUCAAGGAUCACGAGAUAGCCCACAUUAUGAUAGCCCUUCUUAUGGCCGGACAGCACACCAGCUCCGCGUCGGGCACGUGGGCGAUCCUGCGCUUGGCUGCUAACCCUGACGUUGCUGAGCAACUGUACCAAGAGCAAGUGAAGCUCUUGGCGACCCCCGACGGACGCUUCCGCGACAUGACGUACGACGACCUACGCAGCCUGCCGAUCCUCGACGCCGUCAUCCGCGAGACGCUUCGCAUACACACGCCAAUCCACAGUAUCAUGCGCUUGGCGCACAGCGAUAUUCCGGUCCCGCAGUCACUCGCCGCACCUUCGGAGAACUCGGUGUACGUGGUCCCCAAGGGUGACAUCGUACUCGCGUCGCCUGGCCUCAGCCAGAUGGAGCCAAGCGUCUGGAAGGAUGCGGAUACAUGGGACCCGUCUCGGUGGUACGACCAGGAUGGCUUCGCGGCGCACGCGCAGAAGACGUACGACGAGGACACGAAGGUCGACUUUGGCUUUGGGCUUGUGAGUAAGGGCACGGAUAGCCCGUACUUGCCCUUCGGUGCAGGCCGUCAUCGGUGCAUUGGCGAGCAGUUUGCUUAUCUCCAAAUUGGCGUCCUGAUCUCGACAUUCGUGCGUCACCUCGAGCUGCGUCUGGAGGGAGAGUUCCCCAAGCCCGAUUAUAGCUCGAUGAUGGUAUCGCCCUUCCCGUGCGAAGUCGCAUACCGCCGGAGGAAACUGGAAUGA